AUGGUGCUUCUGACUUCCUCCGCCGUGUCAGUUGCAAUAUCGGGCGGGGUGGUCUGCUUAUUCACUUUCCUGCUUUUCCUGUCUGGCUAUGUUUUGCAACAACAGACAGUUAGAGCGUUGCAAGAUGCAUUUCGACAACCGCCAGAGCGAAAACCAGUCCCAACUCUGCCUCCCCAAUUUCAGCACCUAGACAAUGACACCAUCCAUGUUGCCUUGGAAGAACAACCAGAUGGGACAGGCAGCGUGGUAUCAGGGACUCGAGGGUCAGACGAGGCUGGAGACAACCUGAAGUCCAUCCGCGUGCCAGCUGUUGUCGAGGAUGCCAGUCAAGCUCCUCUUGGAGGCUUCGCUCCAGAUCAGAGUCUCGACAAAGAUACACUCCCCAAGCAUUUCGCCUAUAUAUUCGCACUUCUCAACCCGUCGGACCUAUGCGCCACUCUUCUUUUCGCCAAGGAACAACGAUCUUCCUCACGACUUGAAACCGAACCCUCAAUCAUCCUCCUAUACCCGUCCACAUGGGAGUCCGACUCGUCACCUCUUCAUACAUUAGCUUUGAGUUUUAUGCGAGAUGUGCAAGAUCUAUACGAUCUCAUUUAUCACCCUGUUCAGGUGCGAAAUGGAUGGGAUCUGAGGGCACAACUUUUGGGAGAGCUUCAGUGGAAGCGCUGGGACUACGACCAGGCACUGUAUUUACGAACUCCGGGACUAAUACUUGACAGUAAAGUACUGGACAGUGCUUUGGAGUCAACCAACCCCCGAGGCUCAUGGGCUCCGCUUAAUCCAUCAUCUGGAGACAAUCCAGAUGUUCUGCUCGUGACUCCCAAAGGUCUGCAAAGCCCCCGGAAAGAAAUGAGGAAGCUAGCAAUGCCUGCGGGAGCCGACCACACCCAGACAGAGGGCGACGAUGUCAAUACUGAAGAUGCCGCAAGAAAUGCUGCAUAUGUACUGUUUGGUGAGGAAGAUCUGGGACAUGUCACGUCUAAUAAUCAAUGGUACCGGGACCAUCUGCGUCGUUUCGAUGAAGGAAGAAGGUCGGUCUGUGUCGGCAGCGGGCUGCUAAAUAACGUCCCAAAGCUGAUCUGA